AUGGCGAGUAAGCGGAUGAAUGUGUUGGUGUAUUCUGGAGCGGGGAGUACAUCUGAAUCUGUGAGACAUUGCCUCUUCACGCUACGACGCCUACUCUCGCCCUUCUAUGCCGUGAUCCCCGUGAGCAGCGAGGUUAUCAUCAAGGAGCCCUGGUCCAGCACCUGCGCCCUCCUCGUGCUUCCCGGCGGUGCGGAUCUGGGCUAUGUGCGCACGCUCAACGGUGAGGGGAAUCGGCGCAUUUCCCGCUAUGUCAAUGGCGGGGGAUCCUUCCUAGGUUUCUGCGCGGGGGGUUACUAUGGCAGUGCGAGAUGUGAGUUUGAAGUCGAUGAUCCCAAAAUGGCCGUCGUGGGCGAUCGUGAGCUGGCGUUUUUUCCGGGGGUUUGCAGGGGUCUGGCAUUUGAGGGAUUCAAGUAUGCGAGUGAGGCUGGUGCGAGGGCUGCGGAUGUGAAGAUUCAUAAGGAGAGGUUUGGGGAUGUGGAAGAUGGUAUGGCCGAAUCGUUCAAGAGCUAUUAUAAUGGUGGGGGUGUGUUCGUGGAUGCGAAGAAGCUGGAGGAGCGGGGCGUGCAGAUUCUGGCGAGUUAUACAGAGGAUUUGCAUGUUGAAGCUGGAGAAGGUGCAGCGGCAGUCGUGUAUCGCAAGGUUGGUGAAGGGCAUGUUGUGCUCACUGGACCGCAUCCAGAAUUCGCCCCGCAGAACCUCAACAGAAUACCCACUCUGCCUGACUACGAUCUUGUCAUUGACCUUGUCACUUCCACAGACGCCACCCGACAAGCGUUUCUGCGCUUGGUUCUCCAGAAGCUCGGUCUGCAGAUUAAUGAACAGGAGCAAGCGGUACCGUCUCUCUCCCGUCUACAUCUCACGUCUCAUCAUGUGACAGACGUCGCCAACCUCGUCGCAACAUGGUCCGAAAUCAUUACUGUAAUCGACGACGACCAGUACAUCAAGGGUCAAAACGACGUAUUUCGAAUAGAAAAAGAGGAUAGCGCGUGGAGCGUCAAGGACCUGAAAAGAGCCGUGAGCGCUGUGUCUCAGAAGCUGCCGGCCCUGACGAACCUGACAGGCCAAGUCGACGGACAGCAAGUCACGGCAUCUGCAGAAGAGAACGCAAAGCCAAAUACGAUAGAAGAGGAGAUACAAGACUGUAUCAACUACACCGCCAACACAACACCAGACCAGAUAUUAGACUACGACAAAGUCGUCAAAACCAUCAUCCCUCACACCUCGGGCAUCCCCACUAUGAAAGAAACCCCCUUCCAUCACGAAGCUUACUACGCCAACCUUCACCACUACCACACCAAACUCCGUAACCCAAACCCCUCCUUCGGCACCACCCUCCUCUACGGCGAAACCGUCACCUCCACCAACACGCUCCUCGAAAAGAACCCCUCCCUUCUCCGCACUCUCCCGACCGGCACCACCCUAACCGCAACCACGCAAAUCGCCGGCCGCGGCCGCGGCACCAACAUCUGGAUCUCCCCGCCCGGCGGCCUCAUGUUCUCCACCGUACUCCACCACUCCUUUUCCCAAUCCCAAACCGCCCCCGUCAUCUUCAUCCAAUACCUCGCCGCCCUCGCCAUCAUCCGCGGCAUCCACACGUACGCCCCAGCCUACGCCUCCCUCGCCGUCAAACUCAAAUGGCCAAACGACAUCUACGCCCGCCUCCCUGGCUCCGCCAACAACCCGCUCGUCAAAAUCGGCGGCAUCCUCGUCAACAGCUCCUACGCCGGUUCCGCCUACGACAUCGUCUGCGGCAUCGGCCUCAAUCUCUCAAACGCACUACCCACCGCCUCCCUUGACCAACUUGCUGCCUCACACACCCCGCCCUUGAAACCCUUGACCCACGAGAAACUCCUCGCUAGCAUCCUGGCUAAUUUCGAGGCCCUGUACACAGAGUUCCUGCUCGUGGGGUUCAGCAGGGCGCUCGAGGAGGAGUAUUACAAGGCUUGGUUGCAUACCGAUCAGGUGGUUACGCUGGAGAGUGAGGGCGGGGUCCGGGCGCGGAUCAAGGGGAUUACGAGGGAUUGGGGGUUGUUGCUGGCGGAGGAGUUGGGGUGGGAGGAUCGCGGGACGGGCAGGGUGGUGCAGUUGCAGAGUGAUAGUAAUAGUUUUGAUUUCUUUAGGGGGUUGGUUAAGCGCAAGGUUUGA